GUCAGAUGUAAUUGUCAGGUUUUAUCUUCCAUGGUUACUAGGGGGUUGCUGUACGGCCAAGGCUAUUGCAUGACUCAGUGACUGCAGCAGCCUGAGCUGGUUCCUUUCCAGUUCUUGCUUAAAGAUGUUGCUCGAAGCCAAAGUGUAAGGGAGAACUUUUCAAAGGCUGCCUGACUCUCUGAACGGUGAGAAUAUCACCAAGUGUACGGGCAGCUAUUUUCACAAGGCUGUUUUAAAGUGGCAGCUACCUUUUCAGUUGAAGUGUUAUGACCAGGGAAGACGGUUACAGAGAAGAAUUUAGCUAUGACAGGAUGCCAACUUUGGAGCGUGGAAAACAAGAGAAUGGAAAUUAUGUCCCCGAUAUUAAAUCUAGUGAUCUUCAGCUAUCAAAGCGGCUACAUCCUUGUUUUAUUUAUAGAACGUGGAUCUUCUCUUUGCUGAUGGGAACUUGCCUCCUUAUUACUUCUGGAUUUUCACUAUAUCUGGGAAAUAUUUUUCCAUCUGAAAUGGAUUAUUUACGUUGUGCAGCAGGUUCAUGUGUUCCCUCAGCUGUUGUGAGCUUUGCUAUAGCAAGAAAUAAAAUUAAUGUGAUACCCAAUUUUCAGAUUCUGUUCGUCUCUACAUUUGCUGUUACAACAACAUGCUUAAUUUGGUUUGGAUGCAAACUUGUUUUCAAUCCAUCAGCUAUAAAUAUAAAUUUCAACUUGAUUCUCCUUAUUCUGCUGGAAAUCUUCAUGGCAACUACUGUGAUCAUUUCAGCUAGGUCUACUGAAGACUGCUGCGUCAGGAAGAAAAAUACUGCAUAUGACAAUACCGCUGUUUUGAGCAAUGUCAGCUUUCCAACUCGAAUCCUGAAGUCAUACUCUGUGAUUGAGGUGAUUAUUGGAAUUUCCUCAGUAUUUGGUGGAAUAAUUGCCUUGAAUAUGGAUGUUCUAGUCUCAGGUCCAUAUCUUUCAGUAACGUUCUUUUGGAUCUUAGUUGCUUGCUUUCCAAGUGCUAUUGCAAGCCAUGUAGCUGCUGAAUAUCCAAGUAAAUGUUUGGUCGAGGUCCUGAUCGCCAUCAGCAGCGUCACCUCUCCAUUGCUGUUCACAGCUUCAGCAUACUUAUCCUUCAGUAUCAUACAGGUGGUUGACAUCUUUAAAAACUACCCACCUGCUGCUCAACAAUCUUAUGAUGUCCUCUUGUUGCUUCUGAUGCUGAUGCUGCUGAUUCAGGCAUGCCUUACUAUUGGCACUGUCAUACAGUGUGUGAAUUACAAGACAAAAAUGAAAUUGUAUGAUUCAUCAUGGACAACUUCACAGGUUAAGAAACCGGAAUACAGAACAACAGAGGUUUCCAAUAAUACCUUAAAGGAGUUUGACAAAGAUAAAGCCUGGAAAGCAGUUGUGGUGCAGAUGGCCCAGUAGUUUGGAUUCUCCAAAUGCAGCUACUACAGUACAGUGCAGCAAUACGACUGUUGAAAUUGAGGCUUUGAAACUUUUCAGUUUAUAAACAGCAAUAUAGUUACAGCAGUAGGAGCCAAUGAAUAAUACAGUAAAUAAUGUAUCUUUCUAAUAAUUUUGAAGUACACUGAUAAUAUUUUUAACACCUCUGUCUUAACUGUAAAGGACUUAAUUGCUGUUGAUAUCUGUGUCUUAGUGUUGCUUCAAAAGAUUCCUUUGGAAACAAGGAUGUUGUUUCCAACACAUGGAUUUAUGCUGAUAGCAAACUUUAAAUAAAUAAAUAUGACAAUAUGCAGUAGACUUCGUAUAUUUGCAAGAGUUUGUUAUAACUGCAGUUGUGCAGUCAGUGCACUGAUAAAUGCUUUUGUAAAGUUGAGAGUACAAGUCAUUGAUAUUUUUGCUUAUACUUCACUUUUGUAGGAGUUGUAAAGUUGUUUUGCAUCUCAUUGCUUUUAUAUAAAAUAAAAGACUUUGUUAUGUUGUGGAAACUCAGAAUGUGGUUUGACAUCAUAAUUGGAGAGAAAAAUUCUCUCC